UCUGUGUAUAAAGGAAUGCUUAGAAGUGGCAAUGAAGUUGCAGUUAAGAUUUUGAACAAACCAAAAUCUAACGGCCAAGAUUUUAUAAGUGAAGUGGCCACAAUUGGAAGGAUCCACCACGUUAAUGUGGUGCAACUUGUUGGUUUUUGUUUUGAUUAUUCCAAACAAGCUCUUGUCUAUGAUUUCAUGCCGAAUGGAUCUUUGGAUAAGCACAUUGUCUAUUAGGAUGGAGAAGAUUCUCUUGAUUAUAAGAAAAUGUAUGAGAUCUCUCUUGGCAUAGCUAGAGGCAUAGAGUAUCUACAUCGGGGAUGUGACAUGCAAAUUCUACACUUUGACAUCAAGCCUCACAACAUUCUCCUAGACCAAAGUUUCACUCCGAAAGUUUCUGACUUUGGACUUGCAAGACUUUAUCCCAUUGAUCACAGCAUAAUAACGCUAACUGCAGCAAGAGGAACCUUAGGAUAUAUGGCGCCGGAGCUAUUCUAUAAGGACAUUGGUGGCAUUUCUUACAAAGCUGAUGUUUAUAGUUUUGGGAUGAUGUUGAUGGAAAUGGCCGGUAGAAGGAGAAAUGUAAAUGCAAAUGCAAAGGAUUCAAGUCAAAUUUAUUUUCCUUUGUGGAUUUAUGAUCAACUCGGCAAAGAAGAGGAACUUCAAAUGGUAGAUGCCACAAAAGAGGAAACAGAGACAACGAGGAAGAUGAUAAUCAUUGCUCUUUGGUGCAUACAACUUAACCCUAAUGAUCGACCAUCGAUGAGCCGGGUCGUUAAUAUGCUAGAAGGAGAGAUCAAUGAACUACAAGUUCCCCCAAAACCACUUCUGUAUCCGACAGAGACGCUGGUUGAUUAUGUUGAGACUGAGAUUGAACUCGAAACUCUCUCAUCUUCUUCAAGUGUUCCAACAAUUUCUAGCAUUUACCAAUAUGAGCACAAUAACAAGAUUCCGCAAUCUUGUUUUGUGUGA